UAUGGAAGCUCCUUUAAGUUAGUUCUCUUUACCAUACUAUACUCCCUAGCAACUGGCCUCCAGAAGCCUGUAAUUAUAUUCCAAACACAUGUUUUCCCUGUGUAACGUGAGCAUUGUCUACCUCAGGAGCUCCCUGAAGAGCUGGAAUUCAGAAGGAAUCUCUCAGACCCAAGCCCCCACCUCCUGCCUGCCUCCACUGGGCAGCCCCUUCAGACUGUCUCUGCCCAAAAUGUCAGGAGAGGCCACAGCCUUGGCCUACCAUGCUCCAAAGGAACAGGAAGGACUCAUAGUUGUGAAGGUUGAAGAAGAGAGUUAUGUUUGGGGGCAGGCCUUUGGCCUUCAGGGAAGCCCCUGGAGUCAAGAGGUAUUCCGUCAGCAGUUCAGGCACUUUAGUUACUCGGACUCCACUGGGCCCCGAGAGGCUCUCAGCCAACUCCGCGAGCUUUGCUGUCAGUGGCUGCUGCCAGAGGUGCACACGAAGGAGCAGAUGCUGGAGCUGCUGGUGCUGGAGCAGUUCCUGGCUAUCCUGCCCGAGGAGCUGCAGGCCUGGGUGCGAGAGCAUCGGCCACAGAACGGAGAGGAAGCCGUGAAUAUGCUGGAGGAGCUGGAGAAAGAACUUGAUGAACCAAGGCAACAGGACACAGUUCAUGGCCAAGAAAUGAUCUGGAAGGAAAUGACAAACCUGGGAGCACUGAAGUCUUUGAGCAGCCCACUGCAACCCUUGAAAAACCAGUACAAGAGUGAGACUCAGGAGCCCCAGCCUUUCCAGGAGGGAGAUGGGAAGAUGGUGACUGAAAAGGUGUUGACAACAAAGCAAGAAAUUAUUGAAUGUGUAGCCUCAGCAGCUAUGCUAUCCCCAGGAAGACUUCCUGGGGAAACGCCUUUAGAACAGACAAUUGAAGAAGCUUUGGGAGGUCUGGACAAGUCUGAGAAGCAAAAGGGAAAUGCUGUAAGGAACAAAAUCAGUCAGCUCCCUUCCCAGGAAAGACAUUUCAGUCUAGCAACCUUCAACAAGAAAAUCCCUACAGCACAGAGUGUCCUUGAAUGUAAUGAACAUGAAGGAAGUCUUAGUCUGAAUUCAAAUGAUAAUAAACAACAGAGGGUUCACACUGGGGGAAAGCUCUAUGAGUGCUUUGACUGUGGGAAGGCCUUUUUCCAGAGCUCAAAGCUGAUUAGACAUCAGAGAAUUCAUACUGGAGAGAGACCUUAUGCAUGUAAAGAAUGUGGCAAAGCCUUCAGUUUGAGCUCAGACCUUGUUAGACAUCAGAGAAUUCAUAGUGGUGAAAAACCCUAUGAAUGUUGUGAAUGUGGAAAAGCCUUCAGGGGCAGCUCAGAGCUCAUCAGGCAUCGGAGAAUCCACACUGGAGAGAAGCCUUAUGAAUGCGGUGAAUGUGGGAAAGCCUUCAGCCGGAGCUCAGCCCUUAUUCAGCAUAAGAAAAUUCACACUGGAGAUAAAGGCUAUGAAUGUAUUGAGUGUGGUAAAGCUUUUGGUAGGAGCUCUAUCCUUAUAGAACAUCAAAGAAUUCACACUGGAGAGAAACCUUAUGAAUGUAAUGAAUGUGGAAAAUCCUUCAAUCAGAGCUCAGCCCUUACCCAGCACCAGAGAAUUCACACUGGGGAGAAGCCUUAUGAAUGUAGUGAAUGUAGGAAAACAUUUAGAUAUAGGUCAGGCCUUAUGCAGCAUCAAAGAACACACACCAGAGUUUAACUCUGUGGGUAAGAGUUGUACAAUUCUGCAGUGCAUGGAAUUCACUGUGGAGGUAAGACUCUACUGAAGAUGGAAGUUUCCUGACUGCAGGAUUUCUGUCCUUCUAGUCCAGUUUGGUACUAUAAGAGGAGAUGCACACAUAGAUGUUUGUUAUGAUUAUCGAAGUGCUGAAUGGAAGAAAAAUCUUACCUUGGUCUUUUCCAAAAAGAAUGGUAGGUAUUUCCUAGAAAUGCCUAACCCAUUUCCAGAUGAGACUCAUCAGUACCCCUUUCACUUCACUCUCUACCAACCCAGAUAUAACUGCCAUUGGAAACCUUCACAGUAAGUCCAGGAUUGGGGCAGAGGUCCCAAAAAAGACUUCUAUGAAGUGGCAAAGAUACUCAGUGAGAGCAUGUGUGCAUUUGAUAGGUGGAGGUACGUGCUGAGUUAUUUAACUGUUGGAGAUGUUGAAUUCAGAUUGUGAAAUAUGAAUUACACUAUUAAUUUAAUAGUAUCUGAGGGAGUUUAAUAGUACCUGAGGAAUGGUGACUCGUUCUGCCCCUUUGCCAGUUCCCUCCUCAGCACUGAGCUUCUGUUGAGGUCAAUUUGGGUCUACCAAAUUGUUAGCACAUACUGAGCACCUGCUAUGUGCUAGCCAUUGAGGUAUACAUGGUCACUGACCUCCCAGAAUUAAGGGCUAAUGGGACAUACAUAUUUACUAAACAGAUAACUACAGUAAAGUGUGAUUAAGUGCCUUGGCAGGUAAAUGUGGGGUUCUGUCAAAAUACAUGACGGGUUCGUAAGCUGGUCUGUGAGUCACUAAAGACUUUCUGGAUAUGAUGGCAUCUCAGUGGAGACCAAAAAGGUGGGUAGGAAUUAGGUCAAGGGCAAGGUAAAAAGACAAGAACAUUCCAGGCAGAGGUCACAGCACAUACAAUGAUAUGAAGAUAAAAGAGGAUCUGGAGACCUCCCUUCAUUGGGACUUUCUCUGCAGCAGGAAUUGGUUGUCAUAGACCCUGGCUCAGAAGCUGUGACAUGUUGGCUUUUCUCUUUAUAUUUGUAAUUGCUGAGUUGGGGAGCCUAUCCCUGAUGCAGAGUGGCCCACGAGACCUUGAAGUGCUCAGAAUUUGUGUGGAAGACUCUGGUGCAUCUUAUGGAAACAGGCACAUAGGCUCACAAAGAAAGAAUAAAUAUUGCAGACCAGAGAGACCAUGGGGACUGGAGUGUUUGUGUCCCAUAGCCCUGGGGCUUAAGGGGUGGGAAGCAUACGGGAUACAGUGAUGUGUGGUCUGCCUUCCCAGGCUCCACUGCUUCCCAUUCCUUGCUCUGACCCUCCUCAUCAGGUUUGCAGAUCCUAAGCUACUGGAGGGCAAUAGAGUUGUUUAAUUAGAUUUCUGUUGAAUCAUAUUCCUCAAAAUUAUGCUUCUCUGCUAAUUUUUACUUUGGCAGUUUUAAUUAUCCCACCAUUGCUGAGGGCAAUGAAUACGAGAUAAAGUUUGAUUCCUCUUCUAAGGUGUACUUCCAGAUGGUGUCAUUUAUGAAGACUUGUAUGUAGAUCAGAGCUGUUGUAGGGAGUUGAAACUGGGGGGACACUUCACCCCCUUUGUGUCCAAAGGUUGUGCAAUUAUUGUUGAGCGAGGUCAAUCAGAAGUCUAAAGGGAUCCUUCAGAUGGAUAGUGAGUUGCCUUUUCCUAUGAUUGACAAUCAGAUGAUUUAAUGUUUUAAAUAUUAUUUAAUAGAUUUUUUCUGUGAAUUAACUGUAAAUGUUGCUAAAUACAGAAAAUGAGAAAGUGUAAACCAGCCACAAUCCCAUUACCCAUAGAAACAUUGUUAACAUUUUGGAGUACUUUCUAUUAGUGUUUAUUUUUCCCAACUCUAAUAAUUUUGUUAAAAAUCUUGUUUUCUAAAUAAUUUUGGUAACUAAUUUUAACAUUUAUACCUUGAAUAUAUACUUCAACUGUGUAGUAUUAGAAUGUAAUGCAAGAUAUAAUAAAAUGUGAGUUUUAAAGGUC